GCUGAGCUGGGCUGGGCUGGGCUGGGCUGGGCAACGUUGAUGAGCUGUUGAAUACUGUAUCGUCAGUCAAACAUUUGACUUUUUCCCCCAGCCUCCUCAAUUUAUUUUAUCCAAUUCAACUCUUGGGGUCCGACGAGCGGUGGCCAUCUGCCGUGCGAUCUGUAAUUUACCAGCUUUGACUCCCGCCAAAAAAGACGCCGACCGAGACAUUGUGUCAGCGCUGGGCACCCAACGGUUUGUGAGAUGAGAUGAAGUGUGAUUAGGGACAGGAAGGAAAUUUGAUAUGAUGAUGAUGACGGAAUUGGCGAUCAAGAUGUUGUUGGUUUGAGAGAAAGUGAGGAAUGAGAACGAAAGAGGAACAAACGAAUGAAAGCAGAACACACGAUCACGACCCGGUUACGCCCACCCCAGCGCAGCGCCAGCAGCCACGAUCUCUCCGCAGAACUCAUAUUGAAGCGACCUCUGCCGGCAUCUCACCCCCUCCGCGCGUUCGCUUUGAGCAGGAACAACGGACAAGGAGUGAAUUCGCCCAUGAUUUCGAAGACGACCUUACCUCUACACAACUAGCUUCCAGCUCGCAACAAAUCUCGCCAGAAGCUGAACGCCGACCACACCGAGCUUUACGAAUCUCAAAGAACACUGCAAGUGCGAUCUUGUAUGCUCUAGAAGAAGCUUUGCGACAUCCCAACGCCUUCACACCGGAUUUGGUCGAGGAGAACGCGCAGAUGUCCGAUCUUCUUGGUGGAGGUCCCUCGGCAUCCGCUGGAAAUGGGCGAUCGAACAAUGGCAGGACCGCACAACCUCCCCCGGGUACGACAGGCUCUCCGAGCGGCAUCAAGGGUCCUCGGGAUAUAAUGCGCGAGCGUCAGGCACGAGAAGCAAGACGGAAAGUGGAGCAGGAGCAGAAGGAGGCGCUCGAGCGCAAUCGAGCCGCAGAAGAGCAACGGCAGAUUCAAAUUGAAGAGGAGAGGAGACGAAGAACGGCUGGCGCUGCGCAGAGAGGCAGUGGGGAUACUGCACAAAGAACAUCAGGAGGCACCGCCGGCGGACCGCGGAUAUCAGACAAUUCUCAGCGAUCACAAAGAACAUCUGGUGGUGGAGCUCCAGGGAAUCCAGCUUUACAAGGAGUUGGUCAAGGGGGAAGAGCUGUUGGUGGGGGUGAAAGUGCGGGCGGCAAUCGACCAAGACCAUCGCAAGCCCCAUCACAGCCCAGACCGGUUCAGGCUGAAGCACGUGAAGGACGGGCAAAAGCAGAAGCGGGUAGCUCUGCGGGUCCUUCUGGAACACAACCAACUGCUGGAGCUGGUACAACCAGGUCUUCUUUUCCUCAUGCAUUUGAGCGAUGGGAGACAUUGUCUGCUCAUUGGGAGGGUUUGACAUCAUUCUGGAUUCGACGACUUGAGGAGAAUAGUAUUGAGGUCAAUCGCGAUCCUCUGUCUCAACAACUGUCGAGACAAGUUACAGAUCUUUCAGCUGCCGGAGCAAAUCUAUUCCAUGCAGUUGUUGAACUCCAGCGAUUGCGAGCUUCCUCAGAGCGAAAGUUUCAACGAUGGUUCUUCGAGACGAGAGCAGAGCUAGAACGAGCUCAAGAAAUCCAAGCCAUGACACAGGCAGCUCUUGAGCAAGAACGAGCAGAAAGAUCUGGUCUGAUUGAAGCAGCUGUUGCCAGAGACAGGAAUAACAAGAAUUAUGAACAGCAGAUUGCCACGUUGGAGAAGCAGGUUGCUGAAGGGAAGCGAGAGCAACAAAUAUCCAAGGAAGAGGCUCGACGUGCUUGGGAAGAGCUUGGAAGACGAGAAGAGGAUGAGCGUGAGAGAACUGCUUCAUUGCGUGAUGGACAGCCGACUCUGGUCGGUGGUGUUCAGGUUGUGCCCAUGAUGCAAGGUGUACCAAGCAGACAUGGAAGUACUCGUCAACCCCAGACAGGUACAUAUGCUGGCGAAUCUGGCAGUAGUACCCAACCUGAGGGACCAGUCGAUGAAGGUGGCUACUCGGAGUAUGUUCGAGGUCAACGAGAGCCAGCUGAUCCAUUUACCACGACCACAACUGGAACAUCCUCUCGUCAAACUCCUGCCACAUACCCAGGGACACAUCCAGCAUUCACCAACUCCUCACCUCAAGGAGCAGCACCAGCCGUGCAACCAGCAUCGACCUCAGGGUUCUAUCAGCAGCAUCAAGGAACUUCACUUCAUCCCACAGAGGCUGAACGCAAUCCUUCACCAGCCGCCUUCUCCGAAGAGGAGUAUGAGAUCGACUCCCAAGGUCAAUUCAUCCGAGACUCUCGCGGCAACAAAGUCCGCUACCAAGCCCCAGCAUCAGACGAAGAUGAUGACGAAUACGAUGUCGCUGAACAACGAGAACGUGAAAUCGCCAAUCUCGCUCGAUAUGGUCAGACUUCUUCUGGACCAGCAGCAGUUACAACAGCUGGUAGAACUUCCGGACCAACGAGUGCUCCAAGCAUGGGACCUCCAGUUGAUUACACCGGAUCAGCGUAUGAUAGUGCACCCGCUGAGUGGGCUGCUGUUCCAAGACACCAUCAUCCAACCCGACUGAGUGAUGUGCUGGAGGAGGAUGAGAGGAGUAGGACGAGUGCCAGCCAGGUUAGUCGGAGAGACUAA